AUGUGGCAGUUUGCUAAUAAGGUGACGCCCUGCAUGGGCAGCACAUUGUCAGGUGGAAGAGGAAACCGAGACAGGCCGAGGGAGAGGUUUACGAUCUUUUCUGUCCCACCAGCCAUGGAUAGGAAGCAGAAGCAAGCAGAGAAGGCCAGGCCCUAUGGCCUGCUGAAGCCGACAGCUUUAGGCAAGAUCCCAGGCAGAUUCCAACUUCAUCAGGAAGCGUUGCCCCCUCUCCCUGUGCCACCGCUCCAGCAAACUCUGGACCGCUACCUGCUGGCUCUGCAGCCCAUCAUCAGCGAGGAGGAGCUGAACCACACGCAGGAGCUGGUGGCUGAGUUCCGCAAGCCAGGAGGCGUUGGGGAGAGGCUGCAGAAAGGCCUGGAGAGAAGAGCCAAGAAAAUGGACAACUGGCUCUCAGACUGGUGGCUGAAGACAGCGUACCUGGAGUAUCGCCUGCCAGUUGUGGUCCACUCCAGCCCAGGUGUCGUUUUACCCAAGCAGGAUUUUCUGGAUCGACAAGGUCAGCUCAGGUUUGCUGCCAGGCUGAUCGAGGGCAUCCUGGAUUUCAAGGCCAUGAUUGACAAUGAGACCCUCCCAGUGGAGUACAUGGGUGGGAAGCCCCUCUGCAUGAACCAGUACUACCAGAUCCUCUCAUCCUGCCGCAUUCCUGGGCCCAAGCGGGACUCCAUUGUCAACUAUGCCAAAGGCAAAAAGCAGUCCAGACACAUCACAGUGGUUCACAACUUCCAGUUCUUUGAGCUGGAUGUUUACAACAGCGAUGGAAGUCCCCUUACCACUGACCAGCUCUUCAUUCAGCUAGAGAAGAUAUGGAACACCUCCCUCCAAACAAACAAAGAACCUAUUGGGAUCCUCACCACCAACCACCGAAACAGCUGGGCAAAAGCCUACAACAACCUUCUAAAAGAUAAGACCAACAAGGAAUCUGUGCGUACGAUUGAGAAGAGCAUUUGCACUGUCUGCCUUGAUGCCCCUAUGCCACGGGUGUCUGAGGACAUCUACAAGAGCCGUGUGGCCGCUCAGAUGCUGCAUGGUGGAGGCAGUCGCUGGAACAGUGGGAACCGAUGGUUUGACAAAACCCUUCAAUUCAUCAUUGCUGAAGAUGGCUCCUGUGGUCUUGUAUAUGAGCAUGCUCCCUCAGAAGGCCCGCCCAUUGUUGCUCUUCUGGAUCACAUCGUGGAGUACACGAAGAAACCUGAGAUGGUAAGAUCGCCCAUGGUUCCUUUGCCAAUGCCCAAAAAGCUGCGGUUUAACAUCACCCCAGAAAUCAAGAGUGACAUAGAGAAGGCAAAGCAGAACCUCAACAUAAUGGUCGAAGACCUGGAUGUCAUAGUCACGGUCUUUCAUCAAUUUGGGAAAACCUUCCCCAAGUCAGAGAAGAUAAGUCCUGAUGCUUUUAUCCAGCUGGCCUUGCAGCUAGCAUAUUACAGGAUGUACGGCCAUGCCUGUGCCACAUAUGAGAGUGCAUCGCUAAGGAUGUUCCGCCUGGGCCGGACAGACACCAUCCGCUCCACUUCCGUAGACUCUCUUAAUUUUGUGCAAUCAAUGGACAGCCCUGACAAAUCGGACCAGGAGAAAGCAGACUUGCUGCGGAGAGCUACCCAGGCCCACAGAGAAUACACUGAUAUGGCAAUAAGGGGCAAUGCAAUAGACCGCCACCUCUUAGGCUUGAAGCUUCAAGCUAUUGAGGACCUGGUGAGCAUGCCCGAACUGUUCAUGGACACAGCAUAUGCUGUUGCAAUGCACUUCAACCUCUCAACCAGCCAGGUCCCAGCAAAGACAGACUGUGUGAUGUGUUUUGGUCCCGUGGUUCCAGAUGGCUAUGGAGUCUGUUACAACCCUAUGGAUGAACACAUCAACUUUGCAAUUUCGGCAUUCAACAGCUGUGCCGACACAAACGCAGCCCGCAUGUCUCAUUAUCUUGAGAAAGCACUGCUAGACAUGAGGAUCUUGCUCCAGUCCACUCCCAAAUCCAAACUGUAAAAGGCAAACGUGAUGCAAAAGCCCCAGCUAAAGGGGGCUAUUCCUCAUGCACUGAAGUUUCCAGUUGCUCAGAAAAUGAUUGAGGGGACAGCUUGCCCUGACUGGAGCCUAGGAGGGUAUCUACCAUGUGUUUUCAGCAAGAGAUUACAGAAUGGUCAUCCACAGGUAUUAGCCUCUGUGGUGAGAGCAAACGUUGUCUUAAGCUGAAGUAGAACUGACCGAUCCUUUCCCAUCAAUGCAAAGUGCACCUUCCUGUCCUCAAAGAGGACUGAAAUAUGAUUUUUUUUAUGGAACUUACUGUAAAGGAAUACAGAAAGCACAGUCCGUACCAGUACCUAAAUCCACUUGGUGAGGAAGGUAGUUCUCCAGGAAAAGCAGGGAAUGUUUAUUAUAUGAUGGAACUACUGUAAGACCAAGUCUUUUUGCUGGUUUAGUCCUCUGAAGAGUGCAGCAUCUUUCAAACUUGACUGAAGAUUUUUCUGCUGCUCCAGCAAAAUGUCACCAUUGAACUUUGGCAAGGGGAGAAAGAAGAUCUUAAGUCAGAGCAGAUCCAGUCUCCUUAGAGUGCACCGCACUACUUAUCCCAGGCACUCCAACCAUUAGAUCCUUUACAGGCCUGGGGAUGUUCCCUUCCCCUCAUUUCAGGAUGCUGGGAUCUCCUGUCUGUUGCACUGACCCUAUUAACAACAGAAUAUCAUUUGCUACAAACUAAGGUGGGUUUUUUGUUGUUGUUGUUCUGGGCUUUUUAUUAAGCUUGCUGUUGUGGUCCUAGCCAUUGAUCUGCAGGCUCAGCAUAAAGCUUUUUCCCCACAAAGCUUCUGCAAAACUUUGCUCUCGCACAGGUUUUGCAAGCUUGGGCUUUACGUACCUUGACAUUUGCAGAGAUGAGAAGGGAUUGCCUACGGAUUUAGCAGAAGGCUUAUUUCAUUGCACCUUUCUUUGGAAUUGAGGAAAAGAAACAGAUGCCGACCUCCUGUUUACUACCUAGAAGGCCACGUGCCUAGUCUUCAGGGCACACGUGUUAAUCCAAUGUGGUUUUAUACCUUGCUUUCAGGAACAACAUAUUUGUGCAUGAUGUGUUACACCUAAGUUGUGGACAAAUAAGAAUUUUUCUGAUCAGGAACUC